UGUUUUCCUUCAUUCUCCUUUUCCCAUUGCUUGCUUGGAAUGGCCUCGAAAGGCUUCCCAGCACCACUCUGCCGCGUUUGCCCAUCGCCCUGCGGGCGGCAGCCGAAGUUGACAAUUCAGGAUGGCGCAGCCGGGGCAGACGGAGCGCCAAGCUACGGUCAGCGCUGAGCAGUGCCACUUCAUUGCCAAUCCGUUUCGAGAUCUUUUAGGCCGAUAUUCUCACGAAGCCCUCAUUGGAGUGACCUUCAGCUGAGUGCGGCACACUGCGCUUUCAUUGGUGACCAUUCACAAUGCCGGUGCUAUUUAGCGCGCUGGAGCUUUUCCACAUGGACUCCACAUGCGGGCCCUGGACCACUAACAUCAUCAUACAGAUUUUCAACGGAGCCCUCCGUCCAUAACGCUCCAUUCUUUACGAGCGUGAAGCGUCACGCUUGAAGGAGGUAACUCGCGUCAGCCUCGAGGAAACCAUCAUUAAGCCAUGAUGUUCCCCUCCCUUGCUAAAAUUGGAAGCAUCAUUCUUCCUGAGAACAAAGGCCUUUGGCCAUCUUCCCUUGUGUGAAGUUUUCACCCCUUUUUACGGAUGAGAGGCUUCUCAUUUUCGUUGCUUUCAUGUGCAUGGGGCAAUAGCCGUCAUUGCUAGCCCACACCUUUGUUUAAGGGAGUGACAUCUUUGUCAAAGGGUCUUAUUCCGCGCUACCCUGUUUGUUUUGAAGCAAGCCCGCAAGAUAUGGGGAGAUUUGGCUGUGCUUUGGUGUCUUUGGCUCUCUUGUCAUCUGCACCGUUGAGCUUUGGAAGGGUGCUAUUGGGCUCAGAUGCGUCAGUACUGCCAAGGUCGAAGGAGCAAGAACCAUGCGCAUUAGUGGCUGCAGCGCAGCAAAAGCAACUGUCGGGGAAUAAAAAGGCCGAACUGGCUCAUGCCUGCUUACAAUCGGUCCCAUUCAAAAAGCAAGAUGCUCUCCGCUUGAUUGACGGCCUAGAUUCUUUCUGGCACUGGCAAAGCACCAUUGACUACCUGAAAGAUCCUCCAGAAGGUUAUCUGAUGCCAGCGACGGAUCUUGAUAAGGGAAUAUUACGAAUUCGAAACAAAGCUGCUGCGAAUAAAUAUGAAAAUGAAAUCGAAUUCCAACAGGAUAUGCUCGCUCUCGUGAAUAGCGUCCACGAUGGUCAUUUUAAUUUAUAUCUGGACGCUAUCAACAUUUUCAGUUUCCGCCGAGUAGAGUUUGGACCGAUAGUGUCUCUAUCUUUAGACGGCAAGAGCUUGCCCAAGGUCUAUUCUUAUAAUGACUUAAAUGGUAAAUCGAAUGGCAAAUGGAGGCCCAGCGCUAUUAAAUCGAUAGACGGCGAGGAUGCGCAACAAUGGCUUCGCCGUCUUUCGUACCGCGGGUCCGCGCAGGACCCUGAUGCACUAUACAAUGCCCUGUUUUAUAAUCCCCCAGGCCAUAUACAGGAUGCCGCUGGUGCCUUUUUCACUGCUCCCGGAGUGUAUACUGAGCCUCAAAUUCAUGUUGAAUUUGAGAAUGGAACCAAGAAAGAGUACCAGAAUGACGCGAUCUUCCACGUUGAUUUUGAUGGGGUGAGGGAUGGUGAAACAUUCUAUAAGAAAUUUUGCAGUGGAAAUAUAGAUCAAGCUCCAAUGCUAAAGAAAAGAGAAGUUGAAUUGCAAAAGCGGUCCAGUGCAAGUCCCCGUCGACAUUUUCCGGAGCCGGUUGUUGAAUUUAGUGAUGGUUCCAUCGCUGGUUAUUUCCUGGAAGGCGACCAUUCCGAUAUAGCAGUCCUUUCUGUUAGCACCUUUGCGCCAAUUAAAAAUGACGACAAUGUUAAUGCAGAGUUCAGCAACCUGACGUCGACAUUUCUAGCCGCAAGUAAGAAGGCAGGGAAGAAGAAGCUGAUUGUGGAUGUUACUUCUAACGGUGGUGGCUCUCUGUUCCUAGGGUUUGAUUUAUUCAUGCAGCUUUUCCCGGAAGCAAAAGUGACCAGUGCAUUCAAUCUUCGAGCGACGAAAGAACUUGAUAUCAUUGGCAGAAAAAUCAACCAGUUGCUUAAGGAUCCAAAGACCAUGGGUGGCCGGGGAGCUGCUUAUGAGAGGAAUGGAAUUUUCGAUCUCAACUCGUAUGUUGACGUUGACGAGGGGAAAUUUAGGUCGUGGGAUGACUACUUUGGACCAGUAACUAACGACGAUUUUGAUUUCACUAACCUCGCUCUCUGGGAUCUGGACAAUGAAAUAAUGUCGCUGAAAACUAGCCGAUUUGUUGUUGCAGGUUAUGGAUCCCGCUCCGAUCUGCCAUCCCAGGCCUUCAAAGCAGAAGAUAUCAUCUUGCUCACUGAUGCCACGUGUGCAUCAACCUGUGCUGUGCUUGCAGACUUGAUGAAGGCAAAGGGUGUCAAGUCAAUCGUGGCUGGAGGACGCCCGCGUCAAGGACCCGUCCAAGCUGUUGGUGGCGUGAAAGGUUCUCAGGUUCUAACGUUUGAGCAGCUCUUCAAAGCUGCAGCGCAUGUUUUUGAGCUUUAUUCGACACCUCAGGAGCGGCGACAAUGGGAAGACACUCAUAUUGGCGAGAUCUAUCGCACUGGAACAUACGUUCUUGCCCGCACUGUUGGCGACGGAGCCGGGGGACGUAUUAACUACCGAAACGCCAUUCAUCCGGAUGACAAAGAGCGUAUCCCAAGACAGUUUGUUAACGAACCCGCAGAUUGCAGGAUCUGGCAUACUCCGAAAACUAUUUUGGAUAUGGCCAACCUAUGGUCUGUUGCUGCUAACACGGCAUGGGGCGACGAUGGAUGCACACCCGGAUCAUCCCCCAGCGACUGAAGAUUCCGGUUGUCGACGCCGACGUAUAGCGAAUGCAUUUCUUGCUAAGUCGCUGAUUUAAUAUAGACCGAUUAAACAUCGUAUAUGUUCAUUUUCUAAAACCUCUCCGAGGUUUGGCGUCAGGCCUUUUCCUGUAUUUAGGCAUAUUAAUAGUAGUAGUAAUAAUCUACCACCAC